AUGACAGCCUUGAAUCCAACGCAAAAGUCGCCGGAAAGAGCAUUUGCUCUGCAGAAAUAUCUACUUCUCCACUCUCAACAUGAUGCUCUCCAAAAACACCUCAACCAAGUCACUGCUACGGUUCAACAAACUCCCACAGCAUUUGCCGAUCGCCAUCGUAACUCUUCAGUCUCUUCAGAUAGCAGCAAUGCUAGCGACACACCUGUGUCACCCCUCAGCGCACCUAUGACAGCUCCUCGUGCCCGCAGAGGCAGCCUCCCACCUUCUUUCGGUCAUAUGCAACAUUUUCACCGCGAGAAUAGAAUCAACUCUCUGCCAGCUGUGGUUGAUGAAACGGUGGUAGAAGAGAUUGAAGAAGAUGAACAAAAGUUAAAGGAUGUAAAUCAACAAAUCAAGACUACCUUGACGGAUCUACUCAACUGCGAAAGUGUGAGGGGUGAUCUUAGAUAUAGGAAAUGGGUGCAAACACGAUUGAUGGACACAGAACGAGAAUUGAAGGAGAGCAGAUCGAAGAGUUGCGAGAGAAGAAGAAGUGUGGAUAUGAGUCUCUCAAAUUAG